AUGUGCAGCUUGCCUCCUCGGCGUUCACAGGACUCUAUUAAAAUGUCCCCUCUGUCAGAGUGCGAGGCGGAUGCAGUGCCCAGUGGUUACGGAUCCAAAGACUCUAUUCUCAAACCCGAGGAGAAGAAGAAGGACUGGAAAAGACGACGGCGAGGACAACUGAGUAACAACAGCUGGGAGCAAAACCCCAUCCCAUGUGCGGAGGCUGGAAGAGUGAAAGAGCAGCGUAGCUUUGGACUGGGCGGACGGACCACAAUGCGUUGCUCCACCCUCUUGGGCAUCCUGACCGGGGUACUAAUGUACCUGGUGAUGGGGGCGGUGGUGUUUCGGGCUCUGGAGGCUCCGCGUGAGGAGGGAAAGCACAACCAGCUUCAGAGGGUCCGUCGUGACUUCCUGCUGAACUUCACCUGUGUGGAAUAUGAGGACCUGCAAGAGUUCAUAGAGGAAGUGGUAGAGGCCAUUGGUGCUGGAGUGCAAGCCGGUAGUAAUUCAUCUUUUGUGAGUCAGUGGGAUCUCGCCAGUGCCUUCUUUUUCUGUGGAACAAUUAUCACUACUAUUGGGUUUGGAAACAUAUCCCCUAAAACCUAUGGAGGCCAGCUGUUCUGUAUUUUCUAUGCCUUGGUGGGAAUCCCUCUGUUCGGUUUCCUGCUCGCUGGAGUUGGGGACCAUCUGGGAACUGGCCUGAGGAAAGCUGUGCUUAAAAUUGAGACAAUCUUCUUGAAAUUCCGUGUGAGCGCCACUAUUGUAAGAAUCAUAUCUGCCGUUUUGUCCAUUCUGCUGGGAUGUCUACUCUUUGUGGCGGUGCCAAUCCUGGUUUUCCAAGAAGUGGAAGGAUGGUCUAUGCUUGAGUCAGCAUACUUUGUAGUUAUCACACUUACAACGGUCGGCUUUGGUGACUAUGUUGCAGGUGACUCUGGAUAUGCCGGUAGUGACCACUGGUACAAGCCACUGGUCUGGUUUUGGAUCCUCCUGGGCCUUGCUUACUUUGUAUCUAUCCUGGCUAUGAUUGGUAACUGGAUCAGAGUGCUGUCAAAGAAAACCCGGGCUGAGAUGGAGGAGCUUCGGGCCCAUGCCUCUGAUUGGACACAAAACAUCCAGAACAUGUCGGUGGACUUUAAGAUUCCUGGAAAGAUAGACGAUCCAUUCAAGCGCCGCAGGCGAAAGCGUCAUCAUGGAGGCCGAGGCCACCGUAGCCAGGGUCGCGACGUGUCAGGAACAGGUGACCAGAACGGGAACCAAGAAGGACAGGAGGAGAGUCAAUCAGAGUCUGAAUCAUACACUUCAUCUUCCGGUUCUGAUGAGGACUCGGAAUCAGGCUCAGAGUCAGGCUCCCAGACUACGCAAACAGACCAAGUGCCUGAAGAAAAGCCCACAAAACCCCCUGCUGAGCUGAUCAACCUGUCUCAGCCACUUGACUACUUUGGGGAGAACCUGGCUUUUAUUGACGAAUCCUCAGAUGCUCAGAGUGGAAAACUACACUUGGAUCCUUAUAUAGAUCCAGCACAACCCAAUGGUGCGACACUGCGAUGUUUCUGCGUGCACCAAUGUUUCUCAAAAAUUAUAGCAUUUGACAAGAAAAUCUUUGGACAAAGCUGUUAUCAACUUCCUACUACAGGUAUCAUGUCUUCCAGAGAGCGCCGACCUGAUGUGUACAUAAAGGCAGAGCCGAGCAGUCCAGAGGGAGGUGGAGGAGGGCGCAUCAGUCCUGGUGGAGCCUCCUCGGACUCAUCACAAAGUGGAGGUGGAGGAACCAGAGGAGACGGUGCUAAGCGUUACUCUCCACUCUACACGCCGGCUUUGCAUUGUCACUUUAAAGACGAAGGUGGUGAUGUAGCAGAAGAAGGUUCCACUGGAAAUGGGGCAGGCCGCUGCAAGUAUGCCCUGAGCACACUGCCCAAACGACUGUGCUUAGUUUGUGGUGAUGUGGCCUCUGGUUACCACUAUGGUGUGGCCUCAUGUGAAGCCUGCAAAGCCUUCUUCAAAAGAACUAUCCAAGGUAACAUCGAGUACAGUUGUCCUGCCUCAAAUGAGUGUGAAAUCACCAAAAGACGUAGAAAGGCGUGUCAGGCAUGUCGCUUCACCAAGUGCCUCAAAGUAGGCAUGUUAAAAGAGGGAGUACGCCUUGAUCGAGUGAGGGGUGGAAGACAGAAAUAUAAAAGACGACCAGAUGUGGAAAAUGCUUCUUACCAGAAUACCCCCUUACCCCUCUCAAAGGAGAGUGAAAAGGGUUCCUCCAACAUCAUUGUGUCCCAUCUGCUCGUGGCAGAACCAGAAAAAUUAUUUGCGAUGCCAGAUCCUCUGCAACCUGACACAGCUCAGCGUACACUAACCACUCUCUGUGACCUGGCUGACAGAGAACUGGUUGUCAUUAUUGGUUGGGCCAAACACAUUCCUGGCUUCCUGUCACUGUCCCUCGCAGACCAGAUGUCGGUGCUGCAGUCAGUUUGGCUGGAGGUGCUGGUUUUGGGCGUUGCGUAUCGUUCCCUGGGUUGUGAGGAUGAGGUAGUGUUUGCGGAGGACUUUGUCCUUGAUGAAGAGAUGUCACGAGCUGCGGGACUCACAGAGCUAAAUGCAGCAAUUAGUCAACUAUCCCGACGUUUCCGUGCCCUCAACUUGGACCGGGAGGAGUUUGUUAUGUUAAAAGCCCUAGCUCUCACCAACUCAGAUUCUGUUUACAUUGAGGACAUGGAAGCUGUACAGAAGCUGCGGGACCUACUCCACCAAGCUCUGCUGGAGCUUGAAUGUCAGCGGCGCCCAGAUGACCCCCAGCGGGCUGGACGUCUUCUUUUAACUUUGCCUCUAUUAAGACAAACUGCAGGUCGUGCUCUCACUACCUUCUACAGCAUUAAGACCCGAGGAGGGAUACCGAUGCACAAACUAUUCUUGGAAAUGCUGGAAGCCAUGAUGGACUCUCCUUAG